GCCUGCCCGGCCCGGCGAAGCUCCUGGUGAGCGCAACCAUUCCACCUGCCAAGCCCAGGGAGAACCCAGCCGGGGCCGCCCCGGCUCCCUUUCUCCCUUUCUCUCCUUUUUAUAGGGUCUCCCAUGACUCCUGAGCUCAGCCCCUCCACCUGCCAAGCAUGACUACUUCCCUGCAAGAUGGGCAAAGCGCCCCGGGGAGAGCGGCUGUUCGGGGCUUGGGGCUGACCCAGGUGUGCGGUGUUGCCCAGGGGAGGGGCGAUGCCAGUGCCUUGGCAUCGCGCCCCCCGGGACUGCCCUGUCGGACGGUCUUGCCUCCCCUGGAGGGCUCCCAUUUCUGUGCUGCAGACAGGAGAAAAAAGAAAGAUCUCAAUGUUCUAGAAAUGCCAUCUAUUCCAAAUCCUUUUCCUGAGCUUUGUUGUUCCCCAUUUACAUCUGUGUUUUCAGCAAGCUUAUUUCCCAAAGCAAAUUCAAGGAAAAAACAGGUAAUUAAAGUAUACAAUGAGGAUGGCACAAGCAGAGCACUGGAAGUACCAAGUGAUAUAACAGCCAGAGAUGUUUGCCAAUUGUUUAUCCUCAAGAAUCAUUACAUUGAUGACAACAGUUGGACUCUUAUUGAACACCUUCCUCACAUAGGUUUAGAGAGAACAAUAGAAGACCAUGAAUUGGUGAUUGAAGUUCAGUCAAACUGGGGAAUGGAGGAAGAAAAUAAGCUAUACUUUAGAAAAAAUUAUGCCAAAUAUGAAUUCUUUAAAAACCCAGUGAAUUUUUUCCCAGAGCACAUGGUAUCUUUUGCAACUGAAACCAAUGGAGAUUUGUCACAAGCUCUUAUUUUACAGAAUUUUCUGAGUUCUAGCACAUAUCCUGAAAUACAUGGUUUCUUACAUACAAAAGAACAGGGGAAAAAGUCCUGGAAGAAGAUUUACUUUUUUCUAAGAAGAUCGGGUUUAUAUUAUUCUACCAAAGGGAUAUCAAAGGAACCACGGCAUUUGCAGUUUUUCAGUGAAUUUGGCAAUAGUGAUAUUUAUAUGGCAUUGGCAAGCAAAAAGACCCAUGGAGCCCCAACAAACUAUGGAUUUUGUUUAAAGCCUAACAAAGCAGGAGGGAGCCGAGACCUGAAACUGCUCUAUGCAGAUGAAGAGCAGAGUAGGACGUGCUGGGUGACAGCGAUUAGAUUGCUUAAGUAUGGGAUGCAGCUGUACCAGAAUUAUAUGCAUCCAUGUCCAGGGAGAAGUGGUUGCAGCUCUCAGAAUAUGUCACCUGUGAGAAGUAUUUCAGAGAAUUCCCUUGUUGCAAUGGACUUCUCAGGCCAUAAAAGCAGAGUUAUAGAAAAUCCCACUGAGGCCCUUUCAGUUGCUGUUGAAGAAGGAUUAGCAUGGAGGAAAAAAGGAUGUUUACGACUGAAUACACAUGGUAGUCCCACUGCUUCUCAUAGUUCCUCAACAAACUUAGCUAUUCAUAGGGCCCAACCAUGGUUUCAUCACAGAAUUUCCAGAGAUGAAGCUCAGCGGUUGAUCAUUCAACAAGGACUUGUAGAUGGAGUUUUCUUGGUACGGGACAGCCAAAGCAACCCCAAAACCUUUGUUCUUUCAUUGAGCCAUGGACAAAAGAUAAAGCAUUUUCAAAUUAUACCACUAGAAGAUGAUGGUAAAAUGUUUCAUACCCUGGAUGAUGGUCACACAAGAUUUACUGAUCUCAUACAAUUAGUGGAGUUCUACCAACUCAAUAAGGGUGUACUUCCUUGCAAGUUAAAACAUUAUUGUUCUCGGAUUGCUCUUUAACCAAAAUAGAAAUGUUACCCCACAAAGAGUGGAAAGAAAAGAAUUUCAGAAUGAUUUCUUAAAGUCUGUGUGUUGUGAAAAAGCUGCCAUUGUUGAGAAGAAUAGACAUUUUAUCAAUAAACUACAAAGAAUAAUCUGCGAAUCAUAAAUUAGAGGCAAGUUCAAUUUGCAUUGAAUUCAGUAUUUUAAAAUUGUAGUCUAAAUUAAACAUGAAAAACUUAUUUUUGUGUGUUCUGGUAUAGUGUUAUUGUUCUGUAAUCCUUCAAACAGGAAUCUUUUAAACACUUUUGGGGUUAUUUGUUGCUGCUCUCUUACAUAUGAACAUAAUAAAAGAAAUUCCUUGGGCUC